UUCUUCUUCCUAAACUUUCUAACUGGCCAUGGAAAGAACUGAGUAGAGUAGGCAAUUCUGCCGAAGUUUCAUUUUUCUCUCUUUAUUUUUGUUACUCAAACUUUAUAACACCUGUCAUUCUCUUCAUCUUCAAGUUUGCAUUUUUUUUAACUUGCUCUGUUUCAGUCGAUCUCCAUUCAUAGCCAUUCAUAACUCUGAUUCUGGGUGAUUUAAGUUUGUUUUAAUCGAAACAACACAGACCCAUUAUAAAGAGCUGAAGUCUGUUCAGAUAGCCACUGUGUGGAGAAUGAUCUGAAGUUGUAAUAGUCAUACAGAAUUUGAUCUCCUAAAAUGGCUACCAACGUUACACACACUUGUCCGAGUCCUAUGAAGGCUACUUCGAACGGUGCAUUCCAAGGAGAUGAUCCUCUUCAGUUUGCCCUUCCUCUUGCUAUUUUACAGAUAUGUUUGGUACUAGUUGUCACUCGACUUCUAGCAUUCCUUAUGAGGCCGUUAAGACAACCACGUGUGAUUGCUGAGAUUAUCGGAGGAAUAUUACUGGGGCCAUCAGCGCUAGGAAGGAGCGAAGCCUAUAUUAGCAAGAUUUUUCCACCCAGAAGUCUUACCGUGUUAGAAACUCUAGCAAAUCUUGGACUUCUGUUUUUCCUCUUCCUGGCAGGCCUAGAGUUAGAUCCUAAAUCCAUUCGCCGAACUGGGAAAAAAGCCCUGAUGAUUGCCCUGGCAGGAAUUACCCUCCCAUUUGCAUUAGGAAUUGGUUCCUCUUUUGUACUCCGACAAACCAUAUCUAAAGAUGUGGAUAGUGCUGCAUUUCUAGUAUUCAUGGGAGUGGCCCUUUCAAUAACUGCCUUCCCUGUCUUAGCUCGUAUUCUGGCUGAGCUUAAACUCUUAACCACUGAAAUUGGUAGGAUGGCUAUGUCAGCUGCAGCAGUCAAUGAUGUAGCUGCCUGGAUUCUACUUGCUCUUGCCGUUGCUCUAUCUGGGACUGAUAAAUCUCCUCUUAUCUCAUUAUGGGUCUUUCUAUCUGGGUGCAUUUUUGUAAUUUGUUGUAUUCUCGUUGUCCCUCCAAUCUUCAAAUGGAUGAGUCAGAGAUGUCAUGAAGGUGAGCCAGUGGAUGAGAUGUACAUAUGUGCAACACUAGCUGCUGUCCUGGCUGCUGGAUUUAUUACCGACACUAUAGGAAUUCAUGCCAUGUUCGGUGCCUUUGUCAUUGGAAUACUUGUCCCAAAGGAUAGUCCACUUGCAGGUGCUCUAGUGGAAAAAGUAGAGGAUCUUGUAUCUGGUCUCUUUCUGCCUUUGUAUUUUGUUUCAAGUGGACUGAAGACCAAUAUAGCUACCAUUCGAGGGCUCCAAUCAUGGGGUCUUUUUGUUUUAGUCACAGUUACAGCUUGUUUUGGGAAGAUAUUUGGAACUGUUGCGGUAUCUCUUUUAUGCAAAGUGCCCUUCCGUGAAGCUGUAACACUUGGGUUCCUAAUGAACACUAAAGGGUUGGUGGAACUCAUUGUUCUCAACAUUGGUAAAGAUAGAAAUGUUUUAAAUGAGCAAACAUUUUCCAUCAUGGUACUAAUGGCUGUCUUUACUACAUUCAUCACCACACCUGUUGUCAUUGCAGUGUAUAAGCCAGCAAAAAGGGCAAUGAUGGCUAAUUACAAGUAUAGAACAGUUGAAAGGGAAAAUCCAAACACCCAACUUAGGAUCUUGGCUUGUUUCCAUAGUACAAGAAACAUUCCAUCAUUGCUAAACCUGCUUGAGGCCUCAAGAGGAACCGAGAAGCGAGAAGAGCUUUCUGUUUAUGCACUGCACCUCAUGGAGCUUUCUGAGAGGUCAUCAGCUAUUCUAAUGGUUCAUAAGGCACGAAGAAAUGGAUUGCCCUUUUGGCACAAGGGCCAUCGGUCCGAUUCUGGCAAUGUUGUUGUGGCAUUUGAGACUUACCGGCAACUAGGCCGAGUAUCUGUUAAGCCAAUGACAUCAAUCUCUUCAAUGUCCGAUAUGCACGAGGACGUUUGUUCCACUGCCGCGGGGAAAAGGGCUGCAAUCAUUAUCCUUCCAUUCCACAAGCACCAAAGGCUGGAUGGCACGUUAGAAGUUACUAGAAGUGACUUCCGCUGGGUUAACAGGAGGAUCCUUGAGCAUGCACCUUGCUCUGUUGGAAUUUUUGUUGACCGUGGGCUUGGUGGAAAUAGCCAUGUGGCUGCCAGUAACGUGUCUUGUUUCAUUGCAGUUCUAUUCUUUGGUGGUCGAGAUGACAGGGAGGCCCUUGCUUAUGGCUGCCGGAUGGCUGAGCACCCUGGUAUUAGACUAAUGGUCAUCCGCUUUCUUGUGGAACCCAACAUUGCUGGGGAUAAUGCGAUAAUUAAUGUGGAAAGCAAUUCAAGCACCGAUUUUAGUUCACUUGACAACGACGUCUUGGUCAACUUUAAGAAGACUAAGGCCAACGACAAUUCCAUCAAAUAUGAAGAGAAACCAGUUCAAAAUACUGAUCAAGUUAUUGCUGCCAUCCGUGAAAUCGGCAACUGUAAUCUGUUUUUGGUGGGUCGGAGUCCAGCUGGUGAAGUAGCCUUAGCUUUGAACAGGAGGAGUGAGUGCCCAGAAUUGGGGCCUGUUGGUAGUCUCUUGACUGCGCCAGAAUUCUCUACAACAGCAUCAGUUUUGGUUGUCCAACAAUACAAUGGUCAGGUGCCCUUGAAUUUGGACUCAGAAACUGGGGAAGAUUCAACAGACAGAGAAUGAAAAUCUAACUAACUGAGCUUAGUUUCUUAAUUUCUUACUGAAUCUGGUCUAAUAAAGUAGCUGAGUGUUCCAAAGUUCUGCCCCCACAUUUUUUUUCUUCUUCAAAAUAAUGUCUUUUCUUGUGGUUUUGUUUGGAGUAGUUGGCCUUGUUGUGAUCACAAUCUGUAAUUAAUUCGUAGAAUUUAAUUGAGAAAAGAACAUCUUCAUUCAGAAACUA